AUGCAGCAUUCUGUCCUCAAGGCUUCCGGCCAUGUGGACCGCUUCAACGACUUCAUGGUGAAGGACGUAAAUGACGAGUCCAAGUUCUUCAGAGCUGACAAGUUGCUCGAGGAUGUCAUGGACGAGAAGCUCAAAGCCGCUGACUUGACAGAGGCUCAGCGAGUGGAGUAUACGUCUGUGCGCAACCAAGCGGACGCAUACUCGCAGCAGGAGCUCCACCAGAUUUUCCAGAAGUACAAAAUCAAGUCCCCGGAGACCGGGAAUGAUUUAAGCGAACCCUACGAGUUCAAUCUGAUGUUUCCAACUCCCAUUGGCCCAGGAGGCUACCUCCAGGGCUAUCUGCGGCCAGAGACCGCACAGGGCAUCUUCUUGAAUUACAAGUUCUGCCUGGAGCAGAAUUCCAAUCGACUCCCGUUUGGAGUGGCGCAGGUUGGGCGAUCUUUUCGCAACGAAAUCGCGCCCAGGGCAGGCCUUACGCGGCAACGAGAGUUCACCCAAGCCGAGAUUGAGUAUUUUGUGAACCCGAAGAACAAGGCGCAUCCCAAGUUCAAGAUGGUCAAGGAUACCGUCCUGACCCUCUUCCACUCAGAUGCGCAGCUGUCAGCACAGGAACCAGUGAAGAUGACGGCAGGCGAUGCUGUCGGCCAGGGCCUUAUCAACAACGAGACCUUGGCCUUCUUCAUUGUGAGGACGUAUCAAUUCCUGCUCCACAUCGGCUUGGACAAGGAGUUUGUUCGGUUCCGUCAGCACUUGCCCACGGAGAUGGCGCACUAUGCCUGUGACUGCUGGGAUGCGGAGAUCUUCGGCUCCUAUGGGUGGCUGGAGUGUGUCGGCAUUGCGGACAGGUCUGCCUUUGACCUGAACGCACAUGCAAGAGCUGCCAAGUGUGACCUCCAGUACAAAGAAUCUUUGGAGAAGCCCAUUGAGAGAGAGGUCCUGGCUCUUACAAAGAAAUCCGGCGUGGAUAUCAUGAAAGCCUUCAAGAAAGAUGGACGCGCAGUGAAGGAAUUCAUCGAGAAGCUGCCGCAGGAGGAAAUUGAGUGCAUUGUGAAACAGCUGGAAGCUGGAACAGCAGAUGUACAGGUGGAUGGCUCGUCAUUCACGCUGACCAAGGAGCUAGCCGUUUUUGAGCGGAAGAUGGAGAAGCAGACCGUCAACGCCUUCACACCGGGAGUUAUCGAACCUUCGUUCGGCAUUGACCGCAUCUUUGCCUCCCUUCUGGAGCAUGUCUACUAUGCCCGGCCAAAGGAGGAGCCCGGAGAUGACAAGGACAAGCAGACGCGCGGCGUCUUGGCUUUCGCCCCGUCCUCCGCACCGUACAAGUGCGUAAUCCUGCCUCUCGACCAGCGCAUUGCGCGCGACGAGCGCUACCUGACGAUGAUGGAUGCAUUUCAAGUGCAGCUUGUCGAACUUGGCUUGUCCUUUACGCUUGACGAGAGCAAUGCAACCAUUGGCAAGAGGUAUUCCCGGAACGACGAGCUUGGCAUUCCCUAUGCAAUCACCUUUGAUUUUGACACUUUGGAGAAGGAUCUGGAAGACCUGGCCAAUACCAAAGUUGAGUUGCUCAAGCAAUUCUUCCAGGCCGAGCCACCAAAGACAAAAGGUGAGGACUUGCUGGACUUAUGGCAACAGAUUUACGACGAGACCGUCAGAAGCACAGUUGUGGAAGCUGUGAGUGGGCCGACAGACGGCAGCAAUCCUGUCCUCCCGUAUGAGAAGCUGUACGCCAUUGUAGGCACUGGAGGCCACUGGAAGUGGCCCCGAAUUUGGAGGCGCUUCGAUGAGCUCGAGCGGCGAGGAGCUGCCUACAGAGAUGGAGAUCCCAUCAACUUCGGCUUGCCAAAUCCAAACCCCAACAUCGAGCCUCAGACGGUCCUGGUUGUGGGUGGUGGCCCGGUCGGACUGCGAUUGGCCAUCGAGCUGAAGCUGGGGGGCCAUCAAGUGACUGUUUUUGAGAAGCGGCGUGAAGUACGCGAUGAAACUGGCCAGCUGCAACAGCUUGGGUUCACCAACAGAAUCAAUCGACCCCACGUGUUCAACUUCCUCAGGAAUGACCUGGACAGAUUGAAUGGCCGAGACUUCAUGUCUUCCAAGAUGUGCUAUCCCGUGUUUACACAAGCAGAUACCUCGUCGAUUGGGAUCGAUGAGCUUCAAAUCCUCCUGCUGAAGAAUGCCUUGCUUCUGGGUGUUGACUUUCGCAUGGGCAUGUCCUAUGAGGACGCUGAAAUCAUCCUCGACCCGAAGACUCAGAAGCCACGGUGGAAGGUCAAGUUCACAUGCGACGAGCAAGGGUCCCGAAGCCACGGCGUUCCUGUUGGGGAGAACUUUGAAACCUUCGAUGUCCUGAUGGGCUGCGAUGGUGCCCGGAGUCGCGUCCGAGAGUCACAGAAGCAGAUCUUUGGAGAGGUGGAUAAGCGUAACUUCAAGAAGAUGAUCGGCGUUGUGGCCAAUGUGCAGAAAGUCUCCCGCCAACGUCUCAAGGACCUGGGCUUUGCCAGUGGCCAAGAGCCAACCGACAUGAAGCGAGCGCACUUGGCCAGUGGUGCUGGCACCAUGGCAGGGCUCAACUACUACAAGGCUUCCUUCCAUAACUACGUCAUCUUCACUCCAAGCAAGGAAGACUUGCAAGCAGCCGGCUUCAGUGGAAGCAUCUAUUCAUUUCACUCUGGCCGCGACAAGGUGAACCCCAACAAAGCGGAAGAGAAGAUGCGUUUGAAACGAUGGGUCUUGGAUAGAUGCAAAGAGGUCGGCAUUCCGGUGGACGAGACGCUCAGUAACGGAGGCUUUGUUGAGGAGCCCAACGAUGUGAUGGCCUUUGACUUCUCCGAGAUUUGGAAAUGUAAGAAGAACUUUGCAUUCAACCUCCCGCCAAUGGAUUACGACUCCGAGGUACAAGGGCCCUGGACAGGGCGGUCUUUGGUCCCACCGAUUGGCUUGGUCGGAGAUGCUGUGACAGAGCCUUUCUGGAUAGCCGGGGUGGGCCUGCAGCGGGGCUGGAAUGGUGUGAUGGACGCUUGCUUCCUGAUCGACAACCUGUACAACAUGAGCUUUUCUGGCUCGCCGGAUCCUGCGUUAACCACCUCCUGGAACGAACACGUUCAAAAGCUCCAGACCAUGGUGCCUGUUCUCUAUGACUGCAGUCACGAUGGCAAGAUGACCAAAGAAGGUUUGCAGGGGGAGUAUGCUGACCAGGGAGUUGUCAUGACUCAACUGAACAAGCAGCAGAAGGACUCCGAGAAGCCACAAUGGCAACUGCAAGUAGACCCAUGGACGCGCUAUGAGCAGUUCGCAAAGCAGCUGGAGGAAAAGUACAAAGGUGCCCGCAUCUUGGAGAACAUGCAUCCCACUGUGCGACGUGCCCUGGCCAUCAGGAAGCAUCCAAACGACAGCGAAGUCUUCAGCGCCAAGAAGCUGAAAUCGAUCAAUGGCAAGAGCAUCGAGGUGCAAGACCACAUCGUUCAGAGCCGCAAGCUUUCUGCUGAAUUACCACCUUCGCCCGCUGAGAGAGCCUCAAUUCCCGAGACAGAAGUGGCCCGACGAGCUUCCACAAAGUCUGAGAACCUGCAGAACAUGCUCGCCAAACAAAUCGACUUGCAUGUUCAAAGCGCAGCCUCCAGCUCGAAGGCAUUUGACGACGAGCGAUGGAAGCCUUUAUCUCCGAAGGCUGAAUCUAGUGGUUUCGCUGAAGUGGCCGAGAAGCAAUGGGAUAUCCUCACGGAGAAGCAUCUCAGCCCUGGACAGCGCGCCGAGCUGCUACAUGUUCGGAACAUGCAGGCGUCCCUGCGACAGCAAAUUGCCAGCCUUAGCACCAGCUUGGCAGCCUUCGAACGCGCUGAACGAGAGCUACUCCUGGGAAGCCAAGGCUGA